UUUGGUGUACAUCCGGGCAACAUGGCGGCAGUGGCGGCCAGGGGCUGGUGGCGCGGUCUCGUGAGGGCCGCGACGCUGGCCAGGGGGACUGGGCGACCCUCGGUGCUGUUGCUGCCGGUGAGGAAGGAGAGCGCCGCGGCCGACACGCGCCCCACUGUCAGACCACGGGAUGACGUGGCCCACAAGCAACUCUCAGCUUUCGGGGAAUACGUGGCUGAAAUCCUGCCCAAGUAUGUCCAGCACGUUCAGGUGUCCUGCUUCAAUGAGUUGGAGAUCUGUAUUCAUCCUGACGGCGUCAUCCCAGUGCUGACCUUCCUCAGGGAUCACACCAAUGCGCAGUUCAAAUCCUUGGCUGACUUGACAGCAGUGGACAUCCCAACCCGGCAGAACCGUUUUGAGAUUGUCUACAACCUGCUGUCCCUGCGCUUCAACACUCGGAUCCGGGUGAAGACCUACACAGAUGAGCUGACGCCCGUGGAUUCCGCUGUCCCCGUGCACAAGGCAGCCAACUGGUAUGAGAGGGAGAUCUGGGAUAUGUUUGGGGUCUUCUUUGCCAACCAUCCUGACCUGAGAAGGAUCCUGACAGAUUAUGGCUUCGAGGGACAUCCUUUCCGGAAAGACUUCCCGCUGUCUGGCUACGUUGAGUUGCGCUACGACGAUGAGGUGAAGCGGGUGGUGGCUGAGCCGGUGGAGUUGGCCCAAGAAUUCCGCAAGUUCGACCUGAACAGCCCCUGGGAGGCUUUCCCUGCCUAUCGCCAGCCUCCUGAGAGUCUGAAGCUUGAAGCCGGAGACAAGAAGCCUGAAGCCAAGUAGCCCAGGGACGGCAUGUGGAUCCCAGGAAGCACCUUGUCUACAAUUGCGUGUCCUUGUAAAUAAAUUCCUACUUAGACUCACUA